GCCCUCUUUUUAAGUGUUCGUCGAGCGCGGCAUUGACACGGGAAGAAAUGUGGGCAAACUGAAAUGAGAAAAUGCCAAAAAUGUAUGCAUCUGAUUUACUUUUCACGGUAAGUUGAGGUCCAUCACAUGGCACGUAUCUUUAGAUUCACACUUUGCCAGCUAUUUUCAUUACACAAGUGGGCGGGCGGUAUUUGGUCUUCGCCUCUAUAACUGCUAUGGUCUUAUUUUUCCCAUUGAUGUAGCAUCUGCAACCAUAGCCUCAGUGGAAGCAAGGUCAAACGCUCAGAAGCAAUUAGUCUGAACCAGAAAACAUGAUGACUUUUGAUUGUAUGGGAGGAAAAGGGAAAUCAAAUGAUACAUGGAGGGCUGCAAAAGGACCCACAAGGAACUUGGGGUGCUUGGUUGGUACCUUGGGCGUACCCACAGGCGUACUCGUACCAGGCUGGAGCCCUAAUCAUAUCCAUAUGGGGACGGGGGCUAAACAGCAGUAUCCACUAACAUAGGUUGUGAUCAUGGAGAUUGCCUGUGGAGUUGUAUGUUUCUUCUUUCAGAUGGCUGUUUGUCUUUUGUGUAAGAUCUGGGUAAUAGAAUCAACUUUAAUAUUGCAUUGGAUCUUUCAGAAGAAGCAAUUAGUCUGAACCAGAAAACAUGACUUCUGGUUGUAUGGAAGGAAAUGGGAAAUCAAAUCUGAUACAUGGAGGGCUGCAGUUAGAACAAUGAUUCUUAUAAAUAGGAAAUGACAAAAGUCAUUGAAAAUCAAUAAGCCAGGCCAACAUAAGAGUCAAGAAUGGUCUUUUUAUGUGGUAAAUAGAGAAUUCAGCAAAUGGAAAGCAACAAAGAUGAAGCUUUCAGAUGCAUACACAUUUCAAAACGUGCAUAUGAGGAAGGAGAUAGGACACGGGCUCAGAGAUUUCUUUGCAAAGCUAAGAGAUUGUAUCCUGACCUCAAAGUUGACAGUCCACUGUUCGUUUUAAUUGAAGAUGCAGGGGAGAAAACAACAGGAAAUGACCAAGGUUCUGACAGUUUAUGCAGAGAAAUAUCAAAGGAGGACAAGGAGAGCAAUGUUUCUUCAAAAAAUAAUGAGAAUUAUGACUGUCGUCAGCGGAAUUCCAGUGGUACCAUAGAGUUUUCAGAAGUUGUUCAUCAUAUAAGAAAGAGCAAAGAUUACUAUGAAAUACUUGGCCUUGAAAGAGAUUGUUCACAGACAGAAAUAAGGAAGGCAUUCAGAAAACUCUCUUUGAAAGUUCACCCAGACAAGAACAAGUUUCCUGGUGCUGAAGAAGCUUUCAAAGCUGUUUCUGCAGCAUUUAAUUGUUUGAGCAAUCCCGAACAAAGGGGCAAGUAUGAUAAUCAAAACAUAGAUGAAGUGCAUGAUUUUUCAUAUGAACAAUACACGGGACGGUAUAAGUCAUAUGAAUUUUGUAAUGAAACAAGUGAGACGUUUGCAAACUUCUUUUUUAAGAUGAAUCAACAAAAUGCUGGGUUUCAAGGGCCUCGCUUCUUCAGGACUCACAAAACACGUGGAGAUGCAACAGCUGACUCUGUUGAUAGAACAAGGAUACUGCAUUUUGUGGGUUUGGUACAGUUAUUGGCAAUUGUUAUGCUCGUACUAGUUAACCUAAUGCCUAAUACACACCCUUCUUUCUCAAUGAACAAGGAUGCUUCAUACCAAUAUGAAUGUCUUACCAGCAACCAUGGUGUGAGCUUCUUUGUAAAAAGACCAGAUUUUCAGCAAAAGUAUCCCCCUGGCAGUUACGUAAGAAAAAACAUUGAUGAUUCAGUGGAAAGGAAUUACAAAGAAUUCCUUGCACAUAACUGUAGGGUAGAAGUGGGAUUGCGUAUGUGGGGUCGAACAGAAGAGACUCCAAGUUGUGAUGCUCUUCGUCAAUUCAGUAUGCGACCUGUUUGAGAAUGUGGAAGAGUCAUAUUCCGAGGAUCAUGGUUCUAAUUUCAUAGUAUUGAAUUUUUCUUCCAUAGGAAUGAUUACCAAUCUUUGUUGGGAUUUGGGGGCAUAUUCUUGCAAGUAGCAAAUUGAUAUAAUUUGAAGGAUUGAGAUGAUGCAUAAAUAGUUUGGGGAGCUUUUUAGGUGAAAACUUCAGUGCUCUGAAGUCUGGUAUUCUUUUGUUGUGCAUAAGCUGUGACCAAUAGUGAAUGGUUGGAUGUGACUUUUAUUUGCACAGGUCAUGUUGAUCUGUGUUACAAAGCACAGUCAAUGCUAUAUGGGGAAGUAUUCUGGGGUUCUUUACACUCUAAUAUUUAAUAUUAUUAGAGGCAGGUGUUGCUAAAACAUGGUGCAGAUGUGGAGACGCUCAGGUGCUAGACAUUAAUUUUUUAAACCUGCUUGAAUCGACCUUACUCAGGAACAUUUUUUAUCAGGUUUGUUUUCUAUUUCAUUUGUUGACAUCUCUAGUUACAACUUGCUGUUGUCUCUGGAAGAUGAAGAUGUUGCUGUGUUAGCAUACAAGAAGGGGUGAGUUGUUUAUCUUUCCUCAUGCCAUGAUUCAUGGUUGGAGUUUUACUCACCAGUUUGUUGGUCAGCAUGUCUCCUUUGUCUAUCGACAAUUCCAAACAUCACUGACAGGGCUAAGACAAGACUUGGAGACGAACUAGAAAGCCCUAGUACAGUGUUGGACAAGAAUCAAAUAUAAGACAAAAAUAAUUUAUGGCCUGUUAUCCAUAUACUAAUCUCUGAUUGUGAACAAAGCUAAGGCUGAGAAUUGAAAUUUCUGGUGUGUGUAGUCCCUCAAGCACUGUUUGGAGUGGAGUAGAUUUACAGAAAUAUUAUAACAAUAUUAACAGUUAGCCACAAAAUAAGUUUCCAUCUAUUAAUAGGAUCAAUGAGACAUGGUCUUUUCUGAUUUA